AUGGGGCACAGGGGGGCUGCAGAGGCUGUUGAGAUCCCCACCGUUGCUGAUUCCUCCUUACCUCUCCCAGUGUCCUGCAGCCAACAGAGGACAGAGGACAACAUGUCUGCGGUUACGGGCACCUUCCGCAUCGUCUCAGAGGAGGAGCAGGCCCUGCGCACCAAGCUGGAGCGCCUCACCACCAAGGACCAUGGCCCUGUCUUCGGGAGGUGUGAGAAGAUCCCCUCGCACACCCUGCAGAAGGCAAAGGAUGAGCUGAACGAGACAGAGGAACAGAGGGAGGUGGCGGUGAAGGCACUGAGGGAGCUGGUGCAGGAGCGGGCAAGUGGCGAGGACGUGUGCAAGGCAGUGGCUGAGAAGGUGCAGGGGAAGGAUGACUCCUUCUUCCUCCGCUUCAUCCGUGCCCGCAAGUUCGAUGUCCACAGGGCCUAUGACCUGCUGAAAGGCUACGUGAACUUCCGCCAGCAGUACCCUGAGCUCUUUGACAACCUGACCCCUGAGGCUGUGCGCAGCACAAUCGAAGCUGGCUACCCGGGCAUCCUGGCCAGCAGAGACAAGUAUGGCCGGGUGGUGAUGCUCUUCAACAUUGAGAACUGGGAUUACGAGGAGAUCACCUUUGAUGAGAUCCUUCGUGCCUAUUGCGUUAUCUUGGAGAAGCUUCUGGAAAAUGAAGAGACCCAGAUCAACGGGUUCUGCAUCAUUGAGAACUUCAAGGGCUUCACCAUGCAGCAGGCAUCAGGGAUCAAACCCUCCGAGCUUAAGAAGAUGGUGGACAUGCUGCAGGACUCGUUCCCAGCACGGUUCAAGGCCGUCCACUUCAUCCACCAGCCUUGGUAUUUCACCACCACCUACAACGUGGUCAAACCAUUCCUGAAAAGCAAACUGCUGGAGAGGGUCUUUGUGCAUGGGGAGGAGCUGGAGUCCUUCUACCAGGAGAUUGAUGCUGACAUCUUGCCAGCAGACUUUGGUGGCAACCUGCCCAAGUAUGAUGGCAAAGCAACUGCAGAGAAGCUCUUUGGGCCCCGCAUUGAGGCUGAAGACACAGCUCUCUAAACCAGGGUCCGUUCCUCCUCCCCUGUGCAACAGGAUCAGAGGUGGUCCUCUAACCCCAACCACCUCCUUACUGUAGCUUUGGUUGAAUGACUGCUUGUGAUGAGGCACUCUGGGCGUGUUGCUCCACGCUUGCCCCUCCCCUCCCCAAA